GCCCACAGCACCUGCCACGAGAGAUAUCCUGGUAGCAGGGUCCAGUUCCUCCUUCAACGGUGUGGCAUGGGAGUUCUGGAUGUCCUCUGCCAACGGUGUAGCCUGCGAGUUCUGAAUGGCCAUGAUUUUCAUAAUUGAAGACGAGGCAGCGUAGCUGAUGGACGGGAUGGGUCUCAUGAAAGUUGCAACCACCUGGUACCCAGAGCUAGGUAGGCUACAGGGGCUUAAUUUGUAAUUUGCUUGCGUAUCAUCUGUCACACAAACCAGAGUACCGAAACUUCUCCCCUGUAUUAUAUAGUUCCUAGUCAUUUCUCGUGAAAAAGGAGAAGAAGCAAUCGAAUUGCAGGAGCGGAGCAAUGGGAAGAAGAGGGAGCCCAUCUCCGGCAUGCUGCAAGAAGUACGGACUUCCCCUUUACUGCGCUUCUUGGAUUCCCGUCAAUCAGAUCCAGCAGCUUCUUCAUCAGCAGUCAGAGAAGGGAGAAGAAAAGAAAGAAGAGGAACAGAAGGAAGAGAGCGGAAGCAAUGAGCAGAAAUCCUCAUCAUCGAAGAUCCAGCACUACAAUUACUACUUAGUUUUAGGAGGCGGUGGAGGCGAAGGUCGGAGCGGUCUCUCAAACGCCUUUCUCCUCACCCAAUUCGAUUUCUCCUCCGCUUCCCUCUCUGAAGAACCUGUGAAUAAGCUUGGAACUGGUGGUGAUUUACCUUAUAGGAUGGCUGUGCACCCAGGAGGAGAAGGCCUUAUAUGUUCCUUCCCCAAAAGUUGCAGAUGGUUUGAAUGGGAUAUCCCAGAGAGCAAGGAAGUCCAAAAGAUGGCUCUAAAAUCUUCUGGGAAAGUGCUGACAGAAUUGGAAGAUGUCGGGCUGCAAUUAGCAUUGACGUUUAAUGCUGAGGGUUCUAUACUAGCUUCUGGUGGUGAGGAUGGCCAUUUAAGAGUUUUCAAGUGGCCUAGUAUGGAAGUCCUUCUUGAUCAGCCAGAUGCCCAUGCCUCUGUGAAAGAUUUGGAUUUCAGUUCUGAUGGAAAAUUUCUAGCAUCCAUGGGAAGUAGUGGUCCUUGUCGGGUUUGGGACCUAACCUCAUUGAUGGUUGUAGCCAAUUUACCAAGAGAAAAUGGUGAGGUUUUCGGGUUCUGCCGCUUUUCUCGUAGUAGUGAUGAUAAUCAAACCCUAUAUGUGACUGCAAUGCAAGGCCAGCAUGGGAGCAUUGUCUCUUGGAACACCAUAUCAUGGGAGAGAAUUGGAUCAAAGAAAAUAGCCCGUGACCCUAUUUCUGCCUUCAAUGUUUCAGCUGAUGGAGAAUUCCUUGCAGUUGGGACAAUUGAAGGAGACAUUGUAAUAAGAAACUCCAGUAUGCAAGUCCACACAACUGUUAAAAAAGCACACCUUGGACUUGUUACAGCAUUAGUUUUCUCCCAUGAUUCCAGGGCUGUGGUUUCUGCAUCCUUUGACUCAAGUGCAAGGGUGACCAUCAUUGAAGACAAGAAAAGGAAUGGGUUGACAAUAUGGGCCAUCAUCAUGAUUAUUUUACUUGCGAUUGUCGCGUGCUUCGUGAAGCAAAAAGGAGUCCUUCAGUGAUCUUUCCCUGAUGCUUGCCAUGGCCUCAAUGAGCAGUACUUUGUACAGAGUAUUGUUGCGUACUUUGUAAAAUGACUUGAAAUAUCCCGGGAUAUAGGCACAUGAAAAGGCUGAAGAUGGGCAGUUCCAAGAUCUCACCAUUGGGAGAUGUGCCUCGAAAGACAAGUAAUCCCAUGUCCUGGCCUCCACAAAAUGGAUAUGGUAACAUUGUUUUUGGUGUAUUAAUGGUUUUUUUGAUUGUGAUGCUUUGGGAACAUAUUCAAUUUUGUUAUUGCACCUC